AUGGAGGUUGCAAUGGUGAGUGCAGAUAGCUCUGGAUGCAACAGCCACUUGCCGUAUGGAUAUGCGGCCCAGGCCCGGGCCCGGGAGAGGGAACGACUGGCACACUCAAGGGCGGCAGCGGCUGCGGCAGUGGCAGCGGCAACAGCGGCAGUGGAAGGUGGAGCCACUGGUGGAGAGGGGCCCUAUCACCAUUACCACCAGGAACAAGGGCGUGGUGCUUCCUCCUCCUGUGGUGGGAAUGCAUCCCGCAGCAGCCAGCCGCAGCGCCAGAACAGCAAGAGGAAGAAGCGAGGCAAAAAGAGAAGCCACCAUCUGGGAAGCAGGGAAUGUGGGGCCUCUUUCCCCUGCUCUGAGUUGUUGCCUCUCAGUGGCUCAGAAGAGAGAAUACUUAAGGAUUUGAGUGAGGACGAGGAAGAAGAGGAGGAAGAUGAGGAUGAAGAGGAUGAGGAGGAAGGAAAGUUCUACUACAGCGAUGAAGAUGGGGUGGAUGAUUUUUCAUACUCAGACCAGCCACCUGAUGAUGGUGGUGGUGGUGGUGGCGGUGGCCCUGGGAGCUACAGUUCAGUUCGCUACAAUGAGUAUGAGUGCUGUGAGAGGGUGGUAAUCAAUGUGUCAGGACUGCGGUUUGAGACUCAACUGAAGACCCUGGCUCAGUUCCCUGAGACACUGCUGGGCGAUCCAGCAAAGCGGGGCAGAUACUUUGACCCACUCCGGAAUGAGUACUUCUUUGAUAGGAACCGGCCCAGCUUUGAUGCUAUCCUGUACUAUUACCAGUCUGGGGGCCGUCUCAAGAGGCCAGUCAACGUGCCCUUUGAUAUCUUCACUGAGGAAGUGAAAUUCUACCAGCUUGGGGAGGAGGCCAUGCUCAAGUUCAGGGAGGAUGAAGGGUUUGUCAAGGAGGAGGAGGACAAGGCUUUGCCUGAGAAUGAGUUCAAAAGGCAAAUCUGGCUGCUGUUUGAGUACCCAGAGAGCUCCAGCCCAGCCAGAGGCAUUGCAAUUGUUUCUGUCUUGGUCAUUUUGAUCUCUAUUGUCAUUUUCUGUCUGGAGACUUUGCCAGAGUUUAGAGAUGACAAGGAGAUCAUACUAUCCCUGGCCCUGGGGAAGGGUUUCAAUGAGUCACUGCACCAGGAUGGAGGGGGCCACACUGUCUUUAGUGACCCUUUUUUCAUUGUAGAGACAGUCUGUAUCAUCUGGUUCUCUUUUGAGUUUACAGUGCGGUGCUUUGCUUGCCCCAGCAAAGCAGCGUUCUUCAAGAACAUCAUGAACAUCAUAGACAUUGUCUCCAUUUUGCCUUACUUUAUCACCCUGGGCACAGACCUGGCUCAAGAGCAGGGCAGUAAUGGUCAACAGGCCAUGUCUUUUGCCAUUCUGAGGAUCAUCCGUCUGGUCAGGGUGUUUCGCAUCUUCAAGCUCUCCAGACACUCCAAGGGUUUGCAGAUCCUGGGUCAUACACUCAGGGCCAGCAUGAGGGAACUGGGGCUCCUCAUCUUCUUUCUCUUUAUUGGAGUCAUUUUGUUUUCCAGUGCUGUUUACUUUGCAGAAGCUGAUGAACCUACCACCCAUUUUCAAAGCAUCCCAGAUGCCUUUUGGUGGGCAGUGGUGACCAUGACUACUGUUGGUUAUGGGGACAUGAAACCCAUAACUGUGGGUGGGAAAAUAGUUGGGUCCCUGUGUGCCAUUGCAGGUGUAUUAACCAUUGCUUUACCAGUGCCAGUGAUUGUCUCCAAUUUUAACUAUUUCUAUCACAGAGAGACUGAGAAUGAAGAACAAACACAGCUGAUGCAAAAUGCAGUCAGUUGUCCGUACCUCCCAACAAAUUUAUUGAAGAAAUUUAGGAGCUCAUCAUCUUCAUCCACAGGGGAUAAAUCAGAGUAUUUGGAAAUGGAAGAAGGAGUUAAAGAAUCUCUUUGUGCAAAGGAAAAAACAAGUCAGGAUGCAGGGAAUGGCAGUGAGACAGCAAAGAAAAACUGUGUAAAUUCAAAAUCUGUGGAAACCGAUGUGUAA